UCCCCUCAACACUCAGCCUUACUUACAUGCGGAAACUGUUUGUGUUUGUUUUACUAAACUUCACUUCUUAACAAUCCGUCGUGUCGUUAAGUAGUGGUGAAGUGAAGUGACGAAGGAGUGAUUGCUGAGACUGUUAGUCUUUACUAUUCAGGCUUAUUCACUCGUUUAAUCAAUAGUUGAUUUAAACUAUUUUAUCACGAUGUCUUCUGAGAGUAAUACUAUGAAAAUGGAGAAAAUACAAAUGCAGAGUUGGGAUGCGUUGGCAACCACUUUGCGGAGUGUCAAUACUAAACAUCUUGAUAUGAGGAAUGUCCGGAUUUCUGAAAAAACCUGAGGUUCGCAAGACCUGGAGGAGUGAUUGUGUCAAAGCUCUUAGUAAGGUAAAUACGAUGGUGAAGUUAGAUCUGUGUCGCUGCUCCUCGGAUUUUCUGGAUGAGAUUGUUGCCGUCUGUCCACAGCUGGAGUACAUAUCGGCUAAAGCUAUCAAGAACAGCCAAAUUAAUAUGACAAACUUAGGAAAUUGUCAAAAUUUGAUAGAACUGAAUAUCAAAGGCCUGGAAGGGAUAACAGUAAUCAAUGUGUCUGUACUUAUGAAUUUCACUAAAUUAAAGCACCUGUCACUGAUGACAGUGAAGAACAUGUCGGAGGUUCUGGAGGUGGUAGGCAAGAUGACUCAGCUGGAGUCUCUAGAGCUGGGGGAAAUGAUCAAUGUGACAGAGACACAUGUGAUACAGGGCUUCUCACAGCUCACUAAUCUCAAACGGCUUCGCCUCAAGAAGGGACAACAGGACUGCCCCACAAAUGCCAUCAUGCAGACCAUCAGCAAGUUACCAUCUCUGAACCAUCUGGAGCUGAUCAACUUUGACAGCACUAAAGGAUUUGAUGCCUUCUUAGGAAAAUGUUCCAACAUUAGUACAUCAUCAAUGGUGCUAAAGUUGGUGCCCAUCAAUGCAAUACAGGUAAAUACGUUGGUGAAGUUAGAUCUGUGUCGCUGCACCUCGAAAGUCCUGGAGCAUAUUGCUGCCAUCUGUCCACAACUGGAGUACAUAUCGGCUAGAGCUAUCAAGAGCAGUCAAAUUAGUUUGACAAACUUAAGAAAUUGUAAAAAUUUGACAGAAUUGAAGCUUAAAGGCCUGAGAGAGUUAUGUGUCAUUGAAGUGUCCUUACUCUUGAAUCUGACUAAAUUAAAUCACCUGUCACUGAUAUCGGUCAAUAACAUGGCGGUGGUACUGGAGGUGGUAGGCAAGAUGACUCAGCUGGAGUCUCUAGAGCUGGGGGAUAUGAUGAGUGUGACAGAGACACAUGUGAUACAGGGCUUCUCGCAGCUCACAAAGCUCAGACAUCUUCGCCUCGAGAAGGGACAACGUGACUGCCCUACAGAUGCCAUCCUACGGACCAUCAGCCAGUUACCAUCUCUGAUACAGCUAGAGCUUAUAAAUUUUGAUGUCAAGGCUGGAUUUGAGGUAUCCUUGGCUCGAUGUUCAAACAUCAAAAUACUGCUCAUGAUUCCCACCUAUGUAACACAGUCAGCAACUACCAACCACCUGGUGAUGGAGGGUGUAAGCAAACUGGACAAAACGCUUAACUUCUUUGUUUGGGGAUUAACACUAGAGCUGUUGAGAGUCACGGACAAGUUUAUCGACCUGUGGGAGACGGGCCAGAAGAACACAUCAGCAAAGAAUCCCAUUCAAAAUCCACAGAAGGAGUCUGCAGGAAACUGUGUUCCGUUACUGAAGCCUGCCAUCGCCGAUGGUAAGAAGCCCAAGGAGGGAGCAGUGACGCAGGUGGAUGUGGUGCAACUGCCUAAGCUGCACAACAUGCUGACCGCCCUGCUACCCAACACAAAGAUAAUGAUCCUGAAAGUUCCGUUCAGUGCCACAUGGCGACAGACCAUUUCUGGGUUAUUAAAUCAGUGACUAAACUCACUAUGGAGACUUUUUAAAGUAUUUUCAUUGAAUAUAAAUUAUUAAUUUGUAAGAACUGACACAGGAUUGAUUUUGUAUCAUUUCUGUUGUUUAACCCAUUGAGUGCCACAGCGCCGCUAAUUUUGACGGUACGAAAAGUGCAUAAAGUGCCAGCGUCGCCAAUUUUGACGUUUCUCAUUUCGAUAAUAUUUUAUAUAGUACAAGAUUAUUUUGGCCAAAU